AUGGAGAGCUCCCGCACAGUGUCUCACUCCUUGGGGUGGAGGGGAGGGCGUGAAGAUGGACAUCCCCAAAACAGUCUUGGGCAGCCUUGCUCCAGAAGGGAGCGGAACUGCAGCACUGCAGCACUGCCCAGUGGGCCUUGCUGUCCCUGGGACUGGAGGCCCUUCGGAGGGGUGGGCAGGUCAGGGUAGGGUGUGCCGCCGUCCUACCACGGCCAAGAGUCGGUGGGUGCGUGCGGGAAUUUGGGAGCAGCCCGGAGCCGUGGGGGCAGCGCGGGGCUCCGGGGAGCGCACGGCGCGUCCUCCGGCCGCCAGAGGGCGCGGGCGGGACGGGGCGGGGCGGGACAGGAGGAGGAAGUGACGGCGGCGGCGGGGCCGGAGAGCGUGAGAAGAAUGGGUUCCGUGUCAGAGGAGCUCAGCUUGGUCCCCUUGCACCAGAGGCCGGAGCUGCUGGAAGCGUGUGCCGAGCUGCUGGGCGAGGAGUGGGGCAAAAGCCGGGCGUCGCGGCUCCACUCACUGCAGCGCUCCUCGGACGCCUUUCCCACCUGCCUGCUGCUGAUCCGGAGCCAGGGCCCCAGCGAGACCCCUGUUGCCCGGGAGGGGCCCUGUGAGCUUGUGGGCCAUGUCCGACUGUCCCGCGUGGUUGGCCGUCCCCAUGACCUCUUUGUGGAGAGCGUGGUGGUGGCCCGGGCACUGCGGGGCCAGGGCUAUGGGCGGCGGCUGAUGGAGGCCACUGAACAGUGGGCCCGGGUCCGGUGCUUUCGCUGCCUGCACCUCACCACCCACGACAAGCAGCAUUUCUAUGCCCACCUGGGCUUUGUCCUGGGUGAGCCGGUGCAGAACGUGGCCUUUCUCAGCCCGGCUGUAUCUUCUGAGGUGCUGCGGCUUUUCUCCGCCCCCUCCAGGGCUGCUGCUGCCACCACCACCAGGCCAUGGGUACCCGCUGCCCCAUCACCUCCUCUCCCGCCCCUCACUGUCCCCCCACCGCCUCCCCCACCGACUGUGAUCUGGGCGAGAGGUGUCCUGGCUGAGAGCAGCGAGCAGAGCCUCCUGGAAUCCCCACACCGUGAUGCCAAAGGGGUCCCCAUCUUCUGGAUGAAGAAGGACAUCUGA